UCCGCGGAUCGCGGCCGCCGUCCGGGCGCGCGCAGCUAGCGGGCGCGACUAUGCCAAGAUGGUCCUGCAAGCGCGGAGCAAGCACCGGGAAGCGGCUCCCAGGCCGCCCCGGCCGGCCCGCGCGUCGCCGCCGCUGAGUGGGACAUCCGAGGUGGGCGCCGGGGAGCCGGGGCCGGAGCGCGCGCCGCCGUCGCCGGGGCGCAGGGGCGCGGCGGGCAGAAAGGGGCCCCGCGCGGAGACCGCCGCCGCGCCCGCCCGGGACGGCCUCGCGGGCCGCUUGGUGGCCGGGCUACGCUGGGCGUUGGGCCUGCGGCGCGGGCGCGGCCGGACCUGGAGCACGCUGCUGCUAGCUUCCUUUGCAGCCCUAUUGCACUGGAGCCACAUAACGCACCUCUUUGAAAAUGAUCGGCAUUUUUCUCACCUCUCCACACUGGAAAGGGAAAUGGCUUUCCGCACUGAAAUGGGGCUUUAUUAUUCUUACUUCAAGACUAUUGUGGAAGCACCCUCAUUUUUAAAUGGAGUAUGGAUGAUAAUGAAUGACAAGCUGACUGAAUACCCCCUUGUUAUUAACACAUUAAAAAGGUUUAAUCUUUACCCUGAGGUGAUCUUAGCCAGUUGGUACCGGAUUUAUACCAAAAUAAUGGAUUUGAUUGGUAUUCAAACCAAGAUAUGCUGGACAGUUACCAGAGGAGAAGGACUCAGUUCAAUUGAAAGCUGUGAGGGAUUGGGAGAUCCUGCUUGCUUUUAUGUUGCUGUAAUUUUUAUGUUAAAUGGACUAAUGAUGGCAUUAUUCUUCAUAUAUGGCACAUAUUUAAGUGGCAGCCGGCUGGGAGGCCUGGUCACAGUGCUGUGCUUCUUUUUUAAUCAUGGAGAGUGUACCCGUGUGAUGUGGACGCCUCCUCUCCGUGAAAGCUUCUCGUAUCCAUUCCUUGUGCUUCAGAUGUUGCUUGUGACUCAUAUUCUCAGGGCUACAAAAAUUUACAGAGGGAGUUUGGUUGCACUCUGCAUUUCCAAUGUAUUCUUCAUGCUUCCUUGGCAGUUUGCCCAGUUUGUGCUUCUUACCCAGAUUGCGUCCUUAUUUGCAGUGUAUGUUGUGGGAUACAUUGAUACAUGUAAAUUACGGAAGAUCAUUUAUAUCCACAUGAUUUCCCUUGUGCUUUGUUUUGUGUUGAUGUUUGGAAACUCAAUGUUGCUAACAUCUUACUAUGCAUCCUCUUUGGUAAUUAUUUGGGGUAUACUGGCAGUGAAACCACAGUUCUUGAAGAUGAAUGUUUCUGAACUUAGUUUAUGGGCUAUUCAAGGAUGCUGUUGGCUAUUUGGAACUGUUGCGCUCAAGUGUUUGACUUCCAGAACCUUUGGCAUUGCUGAUGAUGCUCAUAUUGGCAACUUAUUAACAUCAAAAUUCUUCAGUUACAAGGAUUUUGAUACUUUACUAUACACUUGUGCAGCAGAGUUUGACUUUAUGGAAAAGGAGACUCCGGUGAGAUACACGAAGACACUGCUCCUUCCUGUUGUGCUCAUCAUUUUCACUGCAAUUGUUAGAAAGAUUAUUAGUGACAUGUGGGGUGUCAUAGCUAAACAACAGACACAUAUAAGAAAACACCAAUUCGAUCAUGGAGAGUUGGUGUAUCAUGCUCUGCAGCUGUUAGCAUACACAGCCCUUGGUGUUCUGAUCAUGAGACUGAAGCUCUUCCUGACACCACACAUGUGUGUUAUGGCAUCUCUGAUCUGCUCCAGACAGCUGUUUGGAUGGCUCUUUGGCAAAGUGCAUCCUGGUGCUGUUGUUUUUGCUGUAUUAGCAGCAAUGUCUAUUCAAGGUUCGGCAAACCUCCAAACCCAGUGGAACAUUGUGGGGGAGUUCAGCAACUUACCCCAAGAAGAGCUCAUCGAGUGGAUCCGGUACAGCACGAAACCAGAUGCAGUGUUUGCAGGCGCCAUGCCCACCAUGGCAAGUGUGAAGCUCUCAGCUCUGCGGCCUGUGGUGAACCACCCACAUUAUGAAGAUGCAGGCCUGAGAGCCAGAACAAAAAUAGUAUAUUCGAUGUAUAGCCGAAAAGCAGCUGAAGAAGUGAAGAAGGAGUUGAUGAAAUUGAAAGUGAAUUAUUACAUUCUAGAAGAGUCAUGGUGUAUACGAAGAUCCAAGCCUGGGUGCAGUAUGCCUGAAAUCUGGGAUGUGGAGGAUCCGGCCAACGCUGGGAAAACACCCCUGUGUAACAUCUUGGUGAAGGAUUCUAAGCCUCACUUUACCACAGUGUUCGAGAACAGCGUUUACAAAGUCCUAGAAGUUAUCAAAGAGUGACUGCUGCGUGCACCCGCCUCAGAGACCGUGUCAGUAAUGGCUUUACCGCUUUGCCACUCAGUCGUGUAUCAUUUCAGCUCAGAUGCAAAACCUUUAAAAUACUCUGUUAAAGUAACUGUUUUCAAAUGGAAAACAUUUUAUUUGGUCAGUUUGUCAUUCUGAUUGUAAAAAUGACUUACACCAGAUCAAUUAGUUACUGUUUCAGUGCACCUGUUAAAAUUUGCUAUGCAAAUGAGUAUAUGCUUGUACUUGAUUUAAAUAUUUGUGUUACAGUGAACAAAGCCAUCUGUGUAGAAAUACAUCCUGGGUCAUGACAAAGAUGAUGUGAAAAUAUAUUCACUUCUGAACCAGUUAGGGCCUAUUUUCAGCACACAGCCUGUUAGCACCUUUGCUUCCUGUCUGUGAACAUUUCCGUGAUGCUGUCAGCCCAUCUCAGCAGUUAGUCCAGGUGUAGUGGCGUAUGGGUCACCUGUCCACCUCACCUCCUGGUGCUCUUUUUGAUCUGUCUGCUCCUGUGAAUCACGUGUUUCCCGCCUGCUGCCACCCAGUCCUGGGUAUGGUGGGGAGGGGACCAGCUCCUUUAGUUCCCAGCCAUGUGCCAUUAUGUCUCUUCCCACACAAACUUUUUUUUUCACAUAAAUGCUAUCUUGUCUUUAUUAGCAAGUGCUUAUUCUUGAUUAAAAAAUUGGUAAUUGUGUAUUUUUCUCUUUUUAGUAUUAAUCAAAUAUAUAUUUUAAUAGCUUUAAUCCAUUUAAAAAUUUUUAUGAUCAAUUACAGUUUUAAGGAAAACUAUUUUGGACAACCCCAAAAAAUGAUGCAUCAAGAGCCAUCAUAUAUAUAUAUGAGAGAGAGAGAGAGAGAGGCAUAGCUUAUGGUAGACUGUAGUGUAUGGUAAUUUUUCUUUUACUAUGAAGAUAAAAUAAAUCAUAAAUAACUUCUCUCAAAAUGUAAAUGAAAAAUUACAAAUGAAUAGAGUUUUUAUAUUUUGCUUUCAAAAUUGCCUGUCUUUAAUAAGACAAAGCCUUAAGCCUCAUAUUAUAAUUUUGCCUCAAAAAAAAAAAAAAAAAAACAAAGAAUUCAGUAGGAGGAAUGAGCAUGUUCAGUUUAUCCCAUUUUUUCCUUGCUUUUUUUUUUUUUUGAAAAAUUUCCAAAUAUGCGUUGAAUUUCUUAUACAACUUUUGUUUCUUAGAAGUUAAUUGUGUGAAAUGAGAUUCUUCAAAACCAUGGAUCUUCAUUGUUGUAAGAAAUGGUUUUUAGGUUUUAAAUUCUAAGUAAACUGUGACCAUGGCUGACUACACAUUUAAUUAUACAGUCUUCUCUUUAUUAACCACAGGCAGAUUAACCUCAGUGUGGAUUGUCCUUGAGACCUGAGUCCUCAGGGAUGGUUUCCGAUGCCCACUCCUGGCAGCCAUGGAAGAGCUGUUCUCUUUCUGCCUUCUUCCCAGAGCCCAAGGACGAGGUUGGCUGGGGAAGCAUAGCUUGCUCCUAUUGGUCACCUGCAAAGACAGCACAUGCAAGUGAGGAAUGUGGCUUCAGUGAGGAGCCAGCCUCACCGGCCAGGGCCUCCCUCCCUGAGCUGCCUGGGGACUGUCCCUCCCAGGGCCAGGGACUGCUGUUCUCAGUGUUGCACACUGUGACCAAGCUUCCUCAUCUGAUGCUUAGUUUCAUUUCAUAAGCUCUUACCAACUCACAAAAUAGGGAAGCAGCUGGAGAUGGUGGCUUAGGAGUGUUUGAGUGAUGGUACAGUAAUGCAAGGAAAUGGAAAGAGGGCCCUUGAGAAAAAGAGAGAGGGCCUGGGGGAGGGGGCAUGCAUGCCCUGCCUCAUCUGCAGCCAUUCUGCAUCCCAGUAUGGCAGGUGGAUACAGCAAUUAGGAUGUUUUUAUCACCUUUUUAAAAGUUAUUUUCUAGCCUUACCCUCUAACAAUUCCCUUCAUAAUAAGUUCGCUUGUAAUGGUUAGAAAUUCUGUACAGAGAAACAAAACAUUAAAAUACUAUUAGCCAGUUCACAUGCUGGGAAACAUUAAAAGUAGCCUAAAGUAGUUUUUUUGCAGAAACCUUUUGUAACAGGAUUUCCUAAUGUACCUCGACCAGCAAGCUCUGCUUGUGUUCUAGGCAAGGCAGCUUGGAACCGAGGCCUUGGGGUCCCCGGCACACUUGGCCUCCAGCCUGCCUGGGAGCGGCCGGCGCUCUACAGUCUAAUACCUCUAUGGUGACAUGGAGUGGUAAUGAGUUCUGUGUAGCUGACAGUGCAGUAUUAAAGCUCAGUAUUUUGCAUAUUUUUAGCAUUUACAAAUAUUUUUUCUUUAGUGUGAGGAAAGGAAGGAAAGACAGGAGGCAACUGAAAUAGUUAUUAUUGUGACAUUAAAAAAAUAAAGUUGGGUAAUACUUCCAUAAAAAGAUAAGCCUCUAAAAUGCCUGGCAGAAAAUGUGUGCAGUUAAAGUAAUAAAAGGAUGUGUCCGAAAUAAAAUGAUACCACACAGGAGUAUUGUAUUUUUAUGAAUUUUAUGCUCCUUGUUUACAUGUACUAUAUAUGUUAAAUAAAAAAUACAUGAAAAAUA